AUGUUAUUUCAAAAUGAGGCAGAUAUAAUUUUCCAUUUGAAAGAUGUUGGUAUAAUAAAAAAUUAUACUGUGUGGGAUCAACACGGUGAAGUUACAAAUAUACCUACUGCAUCACAACGAUGGUUGAAUAUAAUACGCGAUCGAGCGUCUUUGAGUCACAAUGUCAAUCCUAUUGUAAAUUUUGUGGAAGAUGCAUUUCCAUUUCGUGAGCGGUACAAUGAUGGCGAAUCAAUCGCCCAUGAGAGUACUCCAGUUUGUGAUGUGGACAUUGUUACUUCCAAAGUCAUUGAUGCCUAUGCGCGACUGCUAGCAGAAACGAAUACUCCAUUGUACGAUGGUUGUACAGAAACUUCCUUGGGUGCCCUUCUAAGAGCAAUUUCUCUAAAAGAAGAAACUGGAAUUUCUAUCAAGGCAUUUGAUAAGCAUUUGGGGUUUCAGAAAUCUUUAUUGCCCACUCCAAACAAGCUUCCUAAAUCAUAUGCAGAGGCGAAAAAGAUCCUUAAAGGCGUUGGGAUGGGGUAUGAGCUUAUCCACGCAUGUUUAAAUGGUUGUUUCUUAUACUAUAAAGAGGGUGACAUACAUGACCAGUGCCCCGUAUGUGGAUUGCCAAGAUAUGACGAUGUCGGUAACAAAGUACCGAUGAAGAUUGUUCGUUACUUUCCUCUGACACUGAGGUUGCAACGUUUGUACAUGUCAAAAUAUACUGCAGAUCAUAUGAGAUGGCAUGGUCAAAGGGAAACGUCCCCGUAUGAUGAUGUAUUGAGACACCCAGCUGAUGGUGAAGCAUGGAAAGAUUUUGAUAGGUCAUAUCCUCAAUUUGCGAGUGACCUCAGAAACGUUCGUCUCGCUUUAUCGACUGAUGGGUUUAGUUUUUUCGGGGCUUCUGCUACUCCAUAUAGCAUUUGGCCAAUUGUUGUGAUUCCAUACAACUUACCUCCUUCAAUAUGCAUGCAAAAGGAAUUUAAUAUACUAACGAUGACAUGGGAUCGAUACGGGGAAGAGUACUUUACGAUGAAAGCUGUAGUGAUGUGGACUAUUAGUGAUUUUCCAGGGUUGGGAAUGUUAGGUGGUAUUCAGACGAAAGGGUACAAGGCAUGUCCCAUAUGUUUGGAUGACACUGAUGCUAAGUUCUCUCAUGGUAGGAUGUCAUAUAUGGGGGCACGUAGAUGGUUAGAUAUGAAUCAUGAAUUUCGAAUUCAAGGGAGAAAUUUUAAUGGAAAGGAUGAGCUUCGACUAGCUCCACAAACUCGAACUGCGAUUCAGAUUCAUAUGUCUUCAAAAAGAACUCAAGCGUUUAAUUUAGCAAAGGCGUCGGUCUUGGGGCGAACUACGGCACGCCUAGAGGGUGAUUCGGUAGAAAUCUCGUCAGAGGCGACACCUUCCGUCCAACGCCAAUUGUACCUUCCGUCUUUGGACUCACCAACUACACCUGCGUCAUCAGAGACGAGUACACCUGGGCAACUUGCUCUAGAUAUACGUAUCAAUUGUCGCCGCAUCCAAGUGGAACCGACGGAAUAA